AUGAGGUCAAUUUCACUCGCCACGCUGGCUCUAGCGGCGCCUACGAGUGCAUUGAUUCGGUUCUCAUGCUCCCAGCUUGUGGUCGAUCGCAUCGACCCCUUAGUCAACCCAGGAAUGGCGCCAUCCCCUCACCUACACCAGAUCAUCGGUGGCAACUCGCUCAAUGUGACCAUGGACCCUGCCAAGGAUAUGUCUGGCGAGUCUACCUGCACAACUUGCCAGUUCACCGAGGAUACGUCGAACUACUGGACCGCCGUCCUCUUCUUCAGGGCUCGCAAUGGUACUUACAAGCGAGUUCCCAUCCGAUCUAACGUCGGCUUCGACGGCGCGGAGGGUGGUAUGACCGUCUACUACAUGCAGAACGGCUUGUCGGACUACCAGCAAAGAUCUAAGGUUACGGCGUUCAAACCUGGAUUCCGAAUGCUUAUAGGUGAUUCAACGGCUCGAAGCGCUGAACAAGCUACCAAGUAUAAGCAAGUUACCUAUACCUGCCUCCAAGGCAUGCUCACGCGUUUUCCCGAGACCAAUUACCUCCCAAACAAGAUAUGUCCGGAAGGCAUCAUGGCAAACAUACGCUUCCCAACCUGCUGGGAUGGCAAAAACCUUGAUACACCCGACCACAAGAGCCACAUGUCGUAUCCAGUCAACGGGACCUUCGACUCGCAGGGCCCAUGCCCCGAUACUCAUCCGACAAUUUGGGACACCCGGCAGUUCAAUGAUCCUAACGAGUGGCCUGAGGAUGGAUCACAACCCUUUGUCUGGAGUAUGGGUGACAACACUGGCUACGGUACCCAUGGUGACUACCUUUUCGGUUGGAAGGGUGAUGCCCUACAAAGAACCAUGGAUACUCCAUGCUACGUGACGUGCCCUACUUUGACCACACAAUCCAUCGCCAACCAGAAUGAAUGCAAGGUUGAUAGGACUGUUAAGGAGGAUAUCGAUUCGUGGCUACACGAGAUUCCUGGCAAUCCCCAGAUAUCAAAGAAAUAGCUGGCUGAUACGUAAAUACGUCAUAUUGAGGACGUCGGCUGCCCGCGGGCAGCCGCCCAGCUUACCGUAUUCGUAUUUGCACCGAGUCUCGCUGUGUGGUUAGACCUUCUGAUGAUCCCUAAAAUUUGGCAGGUGGGAUAUCGCCCGACGCAUAAUAAACUGUCUAUUACCUAUCCAGCCGAUAUCUAGAUCCUACUAACUGUUUCUCUCAUGAAUUUUAGAUUUCUGACUAGCUAGGUCUCGAUCCGAAUCGCAACUACGCUUCAUGUCUUGGGUUGAUUGGAAAGUAGCAAUUCUAUGUAUGUUUAAUGCAUAUUCAGGAGUAAUAAGCACUGCGAUGAAGCGGAGAAGGCGAACCUAUAUGAAUAUCGUAUGCAUAUAAGUGGUGAAAAGAGGUUUCCCACCUUCUAACCGACCAGCUGUGCCUUGAACUAGCACGAGAUUACAACUCUGCCAAGAUCCGUAACCAUACCGCCGACAGUCUCUCGUCUCCUAACACCUACAAAAGCUUGAUGCUGGUUGGUUAUAUUUU